UGAGAGAGGAAACACCUGGAAGACAAAGAUGAACUUGAUUGCAGUAAUUGCUGUUGCUGUUUGUGUCCUUGCACCAAGUGCUCACUGUGCCCCAAAAACAAUCGAGUGGUGUUACCACGACCCAGCCUGCAGUGACAGAACCUGGCCGACCAUCGCCCCUCAGUUCUGCAAUGGGAAGCGGCAGUCGCCCAUUAACAUCGUGUCAGCCAACGCGUCGGAGAACGCAAACCUGACGGAGUUCAUCUUCCAGGGCUUUGACAGCAUCACCGCCAUGGCAAACAUUAAGAACACCGGGAAGACUGUGAAAGUGUCUUUAAAUAAAGGCGUCAAGAUCUCAGGAGGAGACCUGCCUGAGAGCUACGACAGCCUGCAGUUUCACCUUCACUGGGGAAACGGCACCGUCUCCCCUGGUUCAGAACAUACUGUGGACGGCAAGCGCUUCCCGAUGGAGCUUCACAUUGUAAACAGCAAAUCCUCCUACAAGGAGAACACCACUCUUGCUGUCGCUGAUUCUCAAGGACUUGCAGCUCUUGGUUUCCUCAUUGAGGAGCUGCCGAAUACAGUGGACCAGCCAGCUAGCUGGAAGACCCUGGCCUCCUAUUUGUCAAACAUCUCAUUGGCUGGUGAGAAUGCAACAAUAGCAGCUGGGAUUUCUCUAGAUGAUCUUCUUUCAGGGGUGAACCGUAGAAAUUACUACCGCUACCUUGGCUCCUUGACCAUCCCAGUCUGUAAAGAGGCCGUGAUUUGGACUGUGUUCAAGGACUCGAUUAAAGUCAGCAAAAACUUGAUUGACCUCUUCAGCACAAGUUUGCACAUCAGUGACACCGCUUCGCCUCUGAUGGUUAAUGUGUUUCGAGGCAUCCAGCGAUCACAGCCAGUCUCAACGCAGCCGAAGGCCAGCUCCUCCACCAAAACUGGCUACUCUCUGGCUUUAAUGACCCUCGGCCUUGUAAUGGGGAGAUAUUAAAACGAAAGCUAGGGUUGCAGGUGAACCGGUUUCUGCCUGGACUAUUCCACUUUUGGAUAAAACAUGCAUAAAAUGCUAAAUACUGGUGACCACAGUCCUGCCCAUGUUGCAGUUUUUGGAAGUUUGUUUAGAAUAUUGAGACUUGCCUGUCUUGAACUGCCAUGCAACAUCAAUGCAUCUAUAAUUAUUUUUUUGUUGUUGUUUUUUCUUGUUCUUUUUGCACCCUGCAGACAUGUCUGCAUGUUUGAAGGUUCAAAGUUUAACUUUGGAAUUUUAUGAAUGUAUCCUUCAUCUGUUCCUUCUCUGGCAAAAACCACACAUUGUUGGAAUCUGCCACUUGAAGAUCAAACCUUUUCAUUAAAAUAUUUAUCAGUGACUUUUAAGCUUUUGAGUAUUAACUUUAAAUAUGCUUAAAGGGAUAGUUAAGAGGGUUUUUUAAGUGAGGUUCUGUGAACUAUUGCCAGUGGUUGUUCUCCACCUAUAGAUGUCAUAUUGGAGGGAUAUUGUAGAAAGGUGAAGACAUCUGAGGUGGUGUAUGCCUAACGGCUAAUCAGAAAGGCUGUUGGUGCCAAAAGUUGUCAACACUGUCUCACUCAAAGGGACCUCGGGGGACAUUUACACAAUAUAUAGAUUUUUUAUUAUAUUUUUAGUUAAUUUCAACUAUUUUACAUUUCCUCUCUGUGUUGUUUUUUUCUUCUGUCAUAAUGUACGAAAUUACCUGUUUGCAUUUAUCUAAAAGUAAUAAAGGGUAAAAAUAUUAAACCUUAA